CUCUGGGUCAGCGAACAUCUAUUGUACAAGAUUAUUUCAAAGAGACGUGUUUUGUAAAAUAAAACGCCGUGAUUUCAUUGGUUACCGACAAAUGAUUGACGGCCCUGUCAUUCAAGGCAAGGCGUGGCUAUGAUAUAAAAUUCAUAUCAAGAUCAUUUCCUCUGUCCACUUCUGGCAGAAAUCUCGCACUGUUGAAGUCACCGGAUGACAAACAUGCGGUUCUUCGUGCUACUUGUCCUCGCAGCGUCGGUGUACGGAAAUCCCCCUCAGGUCAUCAACAUAGGUACGAGGUUCAUCCCCAGAUUUCACAAUCAGUACUCCGAUCUGGUGGCCAGGAUGCUGCAGGCUAGGGGGAUGAAUGUGUACUCCGUCUACGAUUCCCGAAUCCGAACUUCACCCUCUGUCAUUUCUGGAGGAUUCGGCGAUUUGGAGGUCUCUGGUUUCCGGACAGGUCUGGACAGGACGUUCGUCCGGAGCUCAUCCAUUGCGAGAGGGCCAAGCAUUACUUACCGUGAAUUAUUCAGAGAUGGCGGUUUAGAUAGACCAUCCGCCACGCCAGUAGGACCCGCUUUCUCUGCACGUGGACCAGGACUGGAUGGGCCAGGUGGAAUCGGACCAGAUGCACUUGGAUUUGAUGGAGAUGGUGAAUUUGGACCCGAUGCACCUAGAUUUAAUGGGCCUGCCACUCUCGGACUAUCCACCUCUAUAAGAUCCGCCCUGCCAAGUCAAGGAGUGGUCGGACCAGAAUAUGAUGGACCUGCCAGAUUAGGGCCUGGAUUUGAUGGAGCUAACGGAUUUAGACCUAGAUCACGUGAACCAGGACUACCCCCCUCUGGUAUCGGACCAGAUGCACUAGGAUUUGAUGGAGAUGAUGGAUUUGGACCCGAUGCACCUGGAUUUAAUGGGCUUAGACUACCUGGAUUAGAUAGAACUCUUAAAUUCGGGCCUGGGCUUGGUAGAUCUGUUGUGUCUGGACCAGGACUGGGUGUGUCAGAUGCUGUGAGAUUUGACGACAAUGAUGGAUUAUCUACUCUGUCAGGAAGAGCGGACUUUGGGGACGAUUUGUUUACUUCGUCUUCUGACACUUUCGGUUCAAGGCUUGAUGGAAGACGGUCUGCCCUCAGUAUCUAUGAUGUUGACUAUGCAGGACAAGAAGGAUAUUCACCACCUUAUCUAGGAACCUCGUCAUCGUCCAGCAGGAUCUAUAACGGACUCUCAGACCUUUAUUCCGUUGGUAUAACUGCACCAAGGAGGUCUAGCGUCAGCUUCCGGUCCGGUUCUUUUCCAUCUCUUAGGUCCAGUAGCACCUACUUUAGCAGAGGGCCCAGUAUAACUUACGGACCAAGAUUGACUAGCCGACGAAUCGUAACCUACCCUGGAAGUAUCCGUUACAGAAGUAGUUACCCAGCAUACGCUAAUACUUUACAACGAUCCGGCGGACUGCUUGGGGAUUUUAGUAGCGCUAUCACUUCUGGUGCCCGGUCCACAGGUCGAGCUUUCGGCAACUCUUUGGAGUCACUAACACGAGACUAUUCAAACUAUCUUAAGUCUGUUUAGGCUCUCAAAACAAGGUAUCAAAGGAGAAAAUUGGACGGAAAACUUCAUCAAUACAUGUACUGCAUGCACUGAUUAACAUAAUCAAUGUAAACAUAAACAAUAUUGAAUGUGUAAAUUAACAUAAGCAAUAUUAUGCUAAUCAACAUAAACACUAUUGUGCUAAUUCACAUCAACACUAUUGUGCUAAUUCACAUCAACACUAUUGUGCUAAUUCACAUCAACACUAUUGUGCUAAUAAAUGUCAUAAUCAAUAUUUUGCAGAUAUACAUAAGCAACAGAUAAUAAAUAUUAUGCACAUUAAA